AGUCAACAUUGUCAACACAUUUGUCAAAGUGUGCAUGGUGUAAUCACGCACGCUUUGAGGUUAUACUUGUUUCAAACACGCUUUAGUUUGUGACACUAUUUACAUAAAGAAUGUCGUUCCGCGGUAGAGGAGGUGGCGGCGGCGGUCGUGGAGGUUACGGUGGUGGUGGCGGCGGAGGAGGUAGAGGAUUCGGUGGUCGUGGAGGCGGCGGCGGCCGAGGCGGCUUCGGAGGCCGUGGCGGUGGACGCGGUGGCCGAGGCGGUGGUGGCGGUGGAGGAUACAGACAACAAGACCAAGGCCCGCCCGAGUCUGUAAUCCCGCUGGGUCACUAUGGCUGGACAGUUCAAGACGAUUUGGUGUGCAAAGUUGACAUUGAAGAUGUACCAUACUUCAACGCGCCCAUCUUCCUCGAGAACAAGGAACAGAUCGGGAAAAUAGACGAAAUAUUCGGUAACCUGCGGGACUACUUCGUAUCUGUAAAGAUGAGUGACAACUAUAAAGCAAACAGUUUCAAGUCGGGGCAGCAGUUUUACAUUGACCCGGCGAAGUUACUGCCACUGAAGAGGUUCUUGCCACAGCCUCCUGGUGCUAAGAGAGGUCGUGGUGGUGCAGGUCGUGGAGGACCUCGCGGAGGCCGUGGAGGCGGCGGUGGUUUCGGCCGCGGCGGUGGUGGUGGAGGAUUCAACAGAGGAGGUGGUUUCAACCGAGGUGGCGGCGGUGGACGUGGUGGUUUCGGCCGCGGCGGUGGUGGUGGAGGAUUCAACAGAGGAGGUGGUGGCUUCAGAGGAGGAAGAGGAGGGCGAUAGCCACUGGCUGCUAGUGAUUAGACUAUAGUUAUGUGCAUUUAGAGUUAAGGACCUUGUGUUGAUGUCUAUUGUUAAAGUUGACCUGCGAGAAACUGUAUGAGAGAGUAUAAUGUUCAUUAUUAUGACAUCUGUUGUCUUUGGCUAUGAGCAUCUACUCAAUCAUCUCUAGAAAUGAUGUAAUUAGCUGAAGACAACUGAUACUUAUUUUGUAACCACUACAAUAUGUAGAAUUGAGGAUACUGGAUAUCUGAGGAAAUUAUUUUGUAUUGUAUUGUGUAACUUGGUUGAAUACUUGUUAAAUAUGAGACCAUUUAAAGUGUGUUAGUUUUUGUACUAAGUACAGCUAACUAAAUAUCUAUAAAUGUAUUUGAUAAUUGUAAUUUUAAAACCAUAUAUAAAUAGCAUAGAAAUUAAACAUGUGGUAUUUUUUCUGUGAAUACAUGUGUUCAUUUUCUGUUAGACUAUUUAGGGUUUCCGUGAAUAUCUAAAUGUUUUAAGACAUGACAGUUCAAAUAGACAAACAGUUCUUCACUUAUUUGCAGAUAAAAAUAAUAUGUAAAAAUACUUUUAAGAAAUAAAACCUAUAUUUUAAGAUAA